AAACACAUGCGAGAUGGUUGUCGUAUGAACAUUCAUCCCUUACGCGACAAACAUAAUCGAUCGAAUCGAUUACCCUUUUUUUUUUGAAAAAAAAUCAAAAUCUGUCGUGUCCUUCGAGGAUAAAUUUGUGUUCCCUACCAUUGUUGUAAUUUUCCCAGAUCCUCCUUUACCCUGUUCCACAUCGUUCUUAUCAGGGUUUGUCGCAGAGUUUCCCCACCAAAAAGCUGAGAAAAAAAACCCUAGGUGAUCUGGGUUUUCUCCUGUUUGAAUCGUCAGAUCUAAGAUUUCAGACAGCUGCUGUUGGUGAUCAAAGUGGAAGGACAUCAUAGGCGUAAUUAUGUGGAGAAGUUCUCUUGGAUCAGUUAGAUGACGUAGUUGGAGGAGAUUGUAGAAAGAUAUGAGAUUAGGAAGAACUAGUUCUGCCGGGUCAGGAUAUCAUUGUCCUGAAAAGUAUAUUUAUAUGUUUAGAUAGUGAUGUGAGCUUUCCACCGGAUUUGAUUUACAUAUGUUACGUCGUCUUGGAUGGUUAAUCGGUUUGAGCCAAAGAAGUCGGCAAGCAAAGAAGACGCUUGAUGCAAAACCUUACGUGGCCAGGGUUAAGACAGUGCUAAUGAUUGACACGGUUCAAGAAAUUGCAAUCUAUAUCCACAGGUUUCACAACCUCGAUCUCUUCAAACAAGGAUGGUAUCAAAUAAAGAUCACCAUGAGAUGGGAGGAUAGUGAUAACAAAUCCGUUGGAAUUCCCUCACGAGUUGUUCAGUAUGAAGCUCCUGAUAGCACUCCGGGUGAUUCGUAUGGAGUGUGGAGAAUAGAUGAUAAAGAUAAUAGUUUCUCAACACAGCCCUUCCGCAUUAAGUAUGCAAGGCAGGAUGUUCGUUUAUGUACGAUGAUCUCAUUUACUUUGCCAUUAGAAAAAUACCAGGGGACCUCUACGUCUGCCGUCAUAUUGAAGUUUGAGCUUUUGUAUUCUCCGAUUGCGGAGAAUGUAUUGGCCAAGCCUCUAGAUACUUCUUCUGUGGCUGUUCAUGAGUUUCGUAUUCCUCCUAAAGCUCUCAUGGGCUUGCAUUCGUACUGUCCCGUGCACUUUGACACCCUUCAUGCGGUUCUUAUUGAUGUGAGUGUCCACAUCAGUGUGUUAAAAUCUGCUGCUUACAGACGGCCUGCAAGUCUAUCUAGUGACACAAGUAAUGGUGAAAAGGUAACUGGCGGCAGUGUUCAAGCUUCCAAUAAAGCACUUGGUCAGAUGGCUUCUACUGACAAGAAGCUGGUAUCAUUUGUUAAAGCCUUACUCAGAGCUCGUGACGUUAUGCUUGAAGAAAUACAAAGACUUAGCAAGGCAGUUGAUCAAACAAUCAUCUCGACUGAGUUUAUAUCCACGAUGAACGACAUUUUGUUGUUUGAUUCUACUCCGAUGGGGAAAUCAGUUGAAGAUGAAGGUUCAGGACAAGGCAAGCAACAAAACAGUCUUGAGAAAUUGGAUGUAGAUGAUUUACUAAGUGAUGGCUGGCUCUGUAGCUUAACAAAGGAUCAUCUAUCUCGCCUAUUUAACUUACUGGGCGGCCAGCUACAGUAUCUAUGGAGCGCCUUUUUGACUUUUCACCGGGAUAGCAAUACAAAAGUCUUGGAGUAUCUUUGUGAUAUCUGGACCAAGGAUCGAAGAGCUGAAUGGUCUAUAUGGAUGGUGUAUUCUAAGGUCGAAAUGCCACAUCAUUUUAUAAAUAGCGGAAUGGAUGAUUCUUCUCACAAUGGUGUGCACAAGCGGGUCUCAAGUUUGUUGAAGUCAAAUGAUCCUGCCCAAAUAGCUGCUACCCGUGCUGAACUUCAUCGUCGAAGUAUUGCACAGAUGCGAAUUAACAACCGGUCAAUACAAGACAUGUAUAUAUUUGGAGAUCCUAUGAGGGUUCCGAUCGUUAUUAUUGAGCGUGUUUGGAAUGCACCGAGACGUACUUUCAGUGAUAAUUCGUAUUUGAGACAUGUGGAUAUGAUUGAUUCUAGCAUACAUCACGAUGAUGAGACCAGAAAGAAAUCUGGAAGUAACCUAAUGCAAAACGUCCGUGAACUAAAAGUCGUCAUUUUCGUUCAUGGUUUCCAGGGGCAUCACUUAGACCUAAGGCUUAUCAGGAAUCAGUGGCUUCUGAUCGAUCCAAAGAUAGAGUUUCUCAUGUCUGAAGCAAAUGAGGAGAAUACGCAUGGCGAUUUCCGGGAAAUGGGACAGAGGCUUGCGCAUGAAGUUGUUUCUUUCCUAAAGAGGAAAAUGGAUAAAUAUGCGAGAUACGGGCGUUUGAAAAAUAUCAAGCUAAGUUUUGUUGGACAUUCGAUCGGUAACGUCAUCAUCCGAACUGCAAUAGCCGAUACUUUAAUGGAACCGUACCGAAAGUUUCUACAUACGUAUUUAUCGCUAUCGGGUCCGCACUUGGGUUAUCUGUACAGUUCGAACUCGUUGUUCAAUUCCGGGCUCUGGCUCUUGAAGAAGCUAAAGAAUACACAGUGUAUUCAUCAGCUCACUCUUACCGACGAUCCUGAUCUCCACAAUACUUUCUUUUACAAACUCUGCAAGUUCUUUCAGCAAAAGACGAUGGAGAACUUCAAGAACAUAAUCCUCCUGUCUUCACCACAGGACGGUUACGUGCCGUACCAUUCGGCGAGGAUAGAGUCGUGCCAGCAAGCGUCGUUCGAUAGCUCGAAGAGGGCAAUGGUGUUCUUGGAGAUGCUGAAUGACUGCAUGGACCAAAUAAGAGCGCCCAACGAGCAGCAAAGGGUGUUCAUCCGGUGCGACGUCAACUUCGACACCACCUUGUACGGACGUAACUUGAACUCGUUCAUCGGACGAGCUGCCCACAUCGAGUUCUUGGAAUCUGAUGUUUUCGCCAGAUUCAUUAUGUGGUCUUUCCCUCACCUCUUCCUUUGAAUCCUCUCGAGGUUAUUUUUUUUUUGGAUUCAUAGAGAAAUACGAAUUAUUGUUGUAUAUUAGUAGGGAUUUUUUUUUCUUGGACAAGAACCCGAAGAGGAGCAGUUCGUUGUUUUCUAGUUUCAGACAGCAACAAUAUGUUCAGAUUCAGAGAAGUUGCGUUAGAUAGUUUUUUUUUUU